AUGGUGCUCUUUGUGCUUUAUAUUAAGGUAGAUCUCGAGAAUGUAGAGACGUUAAUGGCACCAGCCUUCCAUCGCUGGUGUCUCGAUGUGAAAGAACCACGUGGUGAUGAGAAACGAGAAGCUGUUGUUGUCUCGGAUGAAGCGACCGUCGAUAUUGCAGGUGGACGAGGUGCUGUGCAUUUUACACUCAAGUGGCCGGGAGCUACGAAACCAUCACAAUUAACAGUAGUACGUGACAUCAAGAACUUGACACGUCAUGUCACGGGUGCCGAUUCAGGCACGUUUGUACCAUUUGUAGGCUUCGAAUGCCGUCGUUUAGAGCCAUAUGCAUGGCAUCCAGAAAGCGGGUAUCGUGUGGUUGCUGCAGGACGUCAUGGAGCUUUUGAUGAGGUGGAUCUGAGUGAGGAUUGGGCCGAGUAUGAUGAAGAAGGAGAACAGUCGGUUGGAAUCUACGGGAUUGAGUACAAGUUCCUAGUACACAAGUAG